GGUGCAUGCGCCGCUGCCGCUGCCGCCGCCGCAGCCUGCUCGGCGCAGCCGGCGCUUGCCUUCGCCGGCGAGGGCUCCCUGCCCAAGGAGGAGGUUCUCCGUGCGGCGGAGAAGCUGACCGACUUUCAGCGGGCCAUCUCUCUGGACGCUGCGACCGAGCGCUCCUUCACGGGCAAGACGGUAAACGGCUACGCGUGGGACGUGAAGGAGAAGGGAACUUGGGUAGGUGCUCUCUCCGGCAAGGCGCUGUUCGAAUCUGAGACCAAGUACGACAGCGGCACGGGCUGGCCCUCGUUCUCCGCGCCGGUGCCCGGUGGCGUGAUUGAGCGUCUCGACCCAGGCGAUCUUGCUGACGCGCGGCGGGCUCUGAUGAUGGGUGGGAUUCGGACGGAGGUGAUUGACGCCGCCUCGGGCGCGCAUCUUGGGCAUGUGUUCAACGACGGCCCCAAGCCGACGGGCAAGCGCUACUGCAUGAACGCGGGCGCCAUGGCGUUUGUCCCUGCCAAGUGACAGCAAAUAGGCCAUCCCCAAUCAUGAACCCGUCAUGUGACGUGGUGACUGGUGUGUGAUCUGUCUACAGCAAAUAGGCCAUCCCCAAUCAUGAACCCGUCAUGUGACGUGGUGUGAUGACGGCGGCGGUUCUCGGUACUCGGAGAGAAACAAAUGCUCGC